GAGAGGGUUGGUACCAUCAGUGCUGCUUUUCUCUUCAUUGAUGAAGUUCAGUGAACAGAGUCGAUGGAGUCAAAUGUCUAAAAUUACACAUUGGAAUUAUCCAUUACUUGGGAAAACUAUGCCUUUUUUACACGAUUGACAAUCCAGGGACACGUGUACAUCCUAGACCUUUCAUUCAUUAUACAGCAUCUUCACGUCAAUCUUCCUGUCUGCUGCCUUUUGUGGUGAGGAUGGAUACCCCACUGACUUUAUCCCGGUACCGGCUGCUGGGUUUGCUUUGCACUGUCGUCAGCCUCUCGGGGCUCCGGAGCCCAGUAGCUGCAGCGGGGAGGAGCUGCGCCGAUACCCGGCAGGUGUACGCGGAGAAGGGGUACAGCACCGGCACUGCACCGGUGACUCAAAUCUCCGGUGAGCACUUGAGGCUCUGUCCUCAGGACUACACCUGCUGCUCCAGUCAGAUGGAGGAGACGCUGGCACUUCAAAGCGAGAGGGACUUCUUAAAAUCCUUGGAGGAUCAUAGCCAGUUCCUGCUGACCACCUUCACCCAGAGACAGCGACGGUUUAAUGAGUUCUUCAGGGAGCUCAUAGACCUGGCCGAGAAGUCCAUGAACCAGAUGUUCACCAAGACCUACGGACGCCUCUUCACGCAGAACGCGCACGUCUUCCAGGAGCUGUUUGCAGAGCUUCGCAGAUAUUAUUCAGGGGGCAGCGUAAGUCUGACCGAGGUUCUGUCAGACUUCUGGUCCAGGCUGGUGGAGCGGGUCUUCACCCUCGUCAACCCUCAGUAUCAGUUCAGCGAUGACUACCUGGAGUGUGUCAGCAAACAUGCCGAACAGCUGCAGCCCUUCGGAGACGUGCCUCGCAAACUACGCGUGCAGGUAUCCAGGGCUUUUAUUGCAGCAAGGGCACUAUCUCAAGGCUUGGCCACUGGGCGAGAUAUUGUCAACAAAGCCACAAAGCUGACUCCAGACUCUGAAUGUGUGCGUGGCCUAAUGCGUCAGUGGUACUGCCCGCUGUGUCGAGGAAUGCCCUCCCUGCGUCCAUGCCGUGCCUUCUGCCUCAACGUGAUGAAAGGCUGCUUGGCCAAUCAGGCUGACCUGGACACCGAGUGGGAUUAUUUCAUUGACGCCCUCUACCAGGUUGCAGAGAAGUUGGAGGGGCCGUUCAACAUGGAGUUGGCAGCAGAUUCCAUCUCCGUCAAAGUGUCCGAAGCCAUCAUGCACAUGCAAGAAAACAGCGUCAGCAUCUCCACAAAGGUCUUCCAAGGUUGUGGAAACCCCAGACCGCUUCCGGGACGAUCCAAACGCUCACCAAAGGAGUCGGGUGGCAACAGGAGGCCUUUCCGCACCUACACCCCGGAGGAAAAACCCACUACUGCUGCAGGCACCAACUUGGACCGACUGGUUACUGAACUGAAGGAGCGCUUGCGGCCCAUGGGAAGCUUCUGGGUGUCCCUCCCACACACCAUCUGCAACGAUGAAAAGAUGGCAGCCGACGUCACAAACGAGGACCGCUGCUGGAACGGGCAGACCCGGGGGAGGUAUCUUCCGGAGGUGACGGGUGACGGCCUGGCCAGCCAGAUCAACAACCCCGAGGUGGAAGUGGACAUUGGACGGCCCGAUGUGAGGACCAGACAGCUGAUCAUGGAGCUGAGGGUGGCCACCAACAAACUGAGACAUGCACAGAGUGGACAGGACAUGGACUUUAUGGACAGUGAGGAGGGCAGCGGUUCAGGGGGAGGAGACAGCAGUGAAAGAUACAAUGACGACUGGCCGGGUUACGGUCCUUACUCUCCUCCUUACAACAAGCCCCCUCGUAACUCCGCCCCUUCCGCCCCUGCCUCCAACCCAGCCAAGCCUCCUCGGGUUCGUGAGAGAAACAACAAGUGGAACCGCAACAACGGCCGGGUCAUUCAUUCUACAGCAAGUCCCCUCACCUCCUCCUUGCUUCCUUUGUUAUUGCUUCCUUUCAUGAUGUUGGCGGCCAUCUUGCUGAGAUAGCUGCUUUACAUCAAGCACAUUAGGGCAGAAUAAUAUUCCAUUUGGUUACACCAGCACAAAAAACAUACCAGCCCAAAAUAUGUGACUAUUUUUAAUCCCUAUACUACACAAAGCACUAAAUAUCGCUAUAUCACCAUUCUAAAAAUUCUAAAUCAUAUUAGCGAAAUGUCCAGUCUUGAAAACCAAUAUGCCAGAGCAUAACCUAGCUGUCUUGUCUGACUGGUGGCCAGCCAAUCACAGGGCACAUAUAGACAAACAACCAUUCCCACUCACAUUCAUACCUAUGGACAAUUUGGAGUGGCCAAUUAACCUAGCAUGUUUUUGGAAUGUGGGAGGAAACCGGAGUACCCGGAGAAAACCCACGCAUGCACGGGGAGAACAUGCAAAUUAGGAUUGAACUUGGGUCUCCUAGCUGUGAGGUCUGCGUGCUAACCACUCAUCCGCCGUGCAGCCCUCGAUAAUUGGUUUUCCAAUUAAUUUUCGCGAUAAAGGAUUCAUGUUAAAAAAAAUUAUAUUUUCAUAGUUAAAGCCUUGAAAACCCAUUUAUGAUUUUUAAAAUAUGGUAUACGGUUUUAACAUUAUUAGAGCGCUGUGGACAUAAAAUAACACCCCUAUAGUCACCUUCAUGCUCCUAUUAUUUAUUGUUUACCACACAAUGCCCAACCAUUCACACUCCCAUUCAUACCUAUGGACAAUUUGGAGUGGCCAAUUAACCUAGCAUGUUUUUGGAAUGUGGGAGGAAACCGGAGUACCUGGAGAAAACCGGGUAGAACAUGCAAACUCCACACAGAGAUGGCCGAGGGUGGAAUUGAACUUGGGUCUUUGAGCUGUGUGGCCUGCGCGCGAACCACUCAACCACCGUGCAUCAACCUUCCAAAUAUCAUAUAUCAGCAAUGAGACGUUGUUGCCUGUCUGUAUGGCACGUUCUUCUCCAGCAGAUAUUUGCAGCUGUGUGUCGGACCGACAGCCACUCACUGUUCUUCCCAUCCCGCGAGGUGCAUUCAUGGACAUCGGGCCAUUACAUUAUUAUUUCUUGGCCCACCAGUUGAGAAUCCUCGGCUUAGAAUGUACAAAAACAAUGACAUCUCAUGUAAAAAUAUUGGCGCCUUUUAACAUAUUUAUUAUUAUUGCUUAUUUAACUCAAUUUAUUUCCAUUUAAGAUAUUCUUUAAAUGUUUUUAUCUUCUGAAAGAAGUGUUUCUGAUUAAAAAAAAAAAGCCAAUACCCUCUAAAAACACAUAAUUGGGUUAUUUUGUAUUAAAAUGUUGACAGUAUGAAAGUAUUUAUAUAUUUGUGUGCUGCAUGUGCUAUUUUAGCGAGCAGAUGUCUGAAUGCUUUUUUUUUUAAACUGUGCGCUUUUCUACUUGCUAUUCCUAAAAGCAAUGAAUGUCUGACAAUGACUCCUUUGUGUUAUAUGAUGCUGAAUGUGUUUUGAUGAAGAAAAAGAGGAAAUGGUGGUAUUUUUGUGGGGGAAAAUAACGUAGACAUGAUAAUCCCAGUUUCACGUUUGUAAUAGAAACACACUUUGAAAUAAUGCUGAUUAUCGCUGUACAAAAAGCACAGUUUUGUUUGUAAAUAACAAUUGAAAGCACAAAAAAAAAAUAUGCGAGGGUGGUUUUAAAAAAGCAACAGUGUUGUCGUUUUGUGUCUUUCCAAUGAUCGGCAUUCAAAUGAGCUGCAGUAUUUCCACAAAAUGUCAGGUGAUUGGUGAAAAGAGCACAAUUCAUGUUGUUAACAAACAAGUGAUAUUUUCUGCCUCAUUAAAACAAAUGAACAAUGCAA